AUGGCCGCCCCGUCCGAAAUCACCGUCAGGAAUCUGAGCGGUAGAUGGAACUCGAACUCGGAGCUUUCCGACGAUGUCACUCCGCUUAUGGAGCUUCAGGGCGUUCCCUGGAUAGUUCGAAGCAUGCUUUCCAGAGCUUCCAUCUCUGUCACUCUUACACAGUCCAUCGAUGCGGAGACUGGCGUUUCCCGGGUGGAUUCAUCCCAAACCUCAAUGGGCCAGGUUGUUGAGGAGGCCAGGGUUCUUGACUGGGAGCCUCGCGACCAAUCUCACCUGAUAUUUGGUAACAUGACAGUUCGGUCGCGAUUCAGUGCACCAAAUGACGUCGAAGCUGCAUUGCGGGACCGCUCUGGGUCCGGCGAGCCCGACUGGGAUGGCGAGGUCAUUGAGAUCGAAGUACGGACUGUUGGCUGGACAAGCAUUACGGUCUGGGGCUUCACAAUUAUUGAUGGAACAAGAAGAUACAUUCGACGAACGAUCGCAAGGAAAGGGGAGGAGGAAAAGAUUAUUCAAUUGGUCUACGAUUGGGCUGGUCCAAAUGAGUCGUAA